GUCACUGUCACGUGAUCUCCCCCGACUGAAACAAACAUGGCGCCGCGAAAGUGACGGGAAAUAUAUGCUCUACUCAAAAAGAAACCAGAAUGGCUCUGAGAAAACAGGUGAAGCACUUCUCCUCCGACAGCCAACAGAUGGAUGAAGACACGCAGGAGGAUGACUCAGCCACUGACGGAGACACCGGCGACGAGUUCUCGUCUUUACUUCUUUCAUCGACAUCAACGAGAGAGAAACGCUGGAGGAAGCUGGAAAAGAAAGCCAUAAACAAAACUGUUGGUUCGGAGAUGACAGAAGAGGAGAUGAUGGACCUCGCUCUGCGUCUGAGCGAGCGGGAAGCCAGCGCCUCUGCGCUUCAACGGCAGCAGGAGGAGGAGGCCGUGAUGAAAGCCAUCCAGGAGAGCAUGGUCAGUCAGACCCAACCGUGUCUCAACUCCUCGAGUAAACCUCUGCGCGCUGACGCCUCCCUCGGGCUCGGCUCUCGACGGAAGCUCUUCUACUCUAACGGAGUGAAGAUGUCCGCCACCGAUCAGGCAGUUCCGGAGGACGGGAGCACGCCAGAGACCGACCUGACAUCAGAAGCGAAAGGAGCUGGAGAUGAAAACAUUCCCUGUAAAAAGAAACGGAAGAGAAAAGCAGGAAGUCCUCUGCUGGAGAUGCCGGACUUGUCCGUGAGUCAGAAGGUUUCCCCCGACAGAGUGGAGCCUUCCUCUGCUCCUCUGGACUCUCCACAGAGCUCCGACUCGACCCAGAUUGACGACUCCCAGCUCCACAUGUCCCCGGUGUUUCCGUUGACCGGCUGCAGGGCAGUGGUCCACAUCGACCGACUGAGCCAGGAUAUGGUGGAGACCUGCCGGAGCUCAGGCUUCGUCUUGUGCUCUCAGGACAGUUGGAACAUUGAGCCCAGGAGCCCCACGUUUCCCCGGAGUAACGCUGAAUCCUGUCCUAAAAGUCCCGUGUUCUCAGGGACAGGACAGGUGGACAAUGGACAGGUGGAGCCGAGUCCUGCUUUUGUCAGGAAGGCUCAGCAUGAGACGUCUCCAAGUUGCUGCAAACGUCACGACUGUGAAAACUCAGAGGUCGAGUUCUCCUCCCAGGACAGUUUAUCCCUCUCUGUGAGGUCCUGUUGCUCUAAGAGCCCGGUGUUCCCUAAAAGUUCACAAACUACCAACAUCCUCCCCCCGUCAGACGGGCUGUCGUUCCACAAGAGCCUGGCUGGAGAGCAGGCCGAGGAGAACGGCGAGCAGCCCGUGAGUCCAGUGUUUGGAACAACUCAAGCACAGCGGAGGACUUUCACCCACGAGCAGAAAACGCCUGUGGCUUCAGAGCUCCGAGGUUCUGAUCGUGAAGAGAAGCUCGACGGCAAAGAGGAGACAAAGUCUGAUGGCUGUCAAGCAGAUGAGUUCUACACCCGACCUUCUACGUCAGAACAGCUGACCCAAAAGUCCAAAGACGGGAGCCGUGCUGAGACCAAGCUGCUGAGUGAUAUGACGUUAGCCUGGACAGAUGAGGACGAGGACGACAACACGCUGGCCGACUCUGCCAGUCCAGUGUUCCCAGAAGAGAAGCCUCUUCCUCAGGGUCAGGCUGCCUCGCUCACCCACGAGGCUGCAGCUUCUCAGGGACAAACCAGCUCUGACUGCAGGAAGCAGCUUCCCACCACAGAUGAAGAAAUAUGUCCCACCAGCAAGCAGCGGGAGGAGGUCUGCAGGGAAUCCCCCCCUCCUGGGGAGUCAUCAGGCGGUCCAACAGUCCACUACUACUGGGGGGUUCCCUUCUGCCCUGGAGGCCUGGACCCAGACACGUACACACAGGUGAUCCUGGCUCAGAUGGAGGUUUACCAGACGAGCCUGAAACGAGCUCAGAGGUGUCUGCUGAGGAAGGCUGAGUGGGGGGAGGCCGUCCUGCCGGAGCCAGAGAAAUCCCCGUCACCGGAGGCGCCAGCCAGUUCUCCUCAACUUCAGUUUCCUCGAAGAAGGGGCCUCAGGCUGAGAGGCAGAAAGAUAAAUGAAGCCGCUGAGUCGUCUCCUGCUGAGGAAGAGGAGAGAAUGGAGGAAGAGGAGCAGCAGCAGGAGAAAGAAGAGACAAACGAGGGGGAUGAGGAACAGAUGGAUGACGACUGCGAUGUUUGUCCAGGAAACGGGAGAUGUGUUACGUGUGUCGAAAAGCCGUUGCUCUGAGAGAAUACAGCCGACACACGGAGCUCUGCUUACAAAGCCACUCUUCCAGACCCAAGGGAAAUCUGCUCAUGGCUCUGGCACAAACUGAGAACAGAGAUUCAGAUGCUGGCCCAUCUGGAUCUAAAGUCCAGCCAGAAGCUGUCAUAGAUCUCCGUGACGAUGACGACGAUGAUGAGGCAGCUUCAGCCUUCAGGAUCAGCGACUCUCCCAUCAGGUCCUUCACUUCCAUCUCUGAAGCUACUGGGUGCCUCAUCGACUUCAAAAAACAACAUCGACCCAAGAAGCCAGGCCAGCGGCGAAGAUGACGACUACAUGAUGAAGAAUGACUGAAAAUCCUGAAACCCAGAGCCUUAAAAACUGAAAUCUGAAAAGUCGUCGGGUUGGACAGGUCAUCAUUCGACACGUCGUCCAGAGGUCACCUUUUACUAAGUGAGCACUUGAACGGUGAACAUGUUCUGAGAGGGUUUGCUGUUGAAGCCGCUCGUGGGACUACCUCCUCCUGCAUCCAGUCAUUCCCCUCAACUUACUGUAGCUUUGCUCCUGAACUCGGAUCAAACGUCUGAUCGAGAGAACGCAUCGGUUCUGAAAAACAACGUUACACUGCGACCAAUUCAGAUAUUUUUUUUAACGCGACUGUAAUGCCCCCUGGUUUUCAAAUAAGACGGGAUUGUUUGAUUAAAGGUAAUUAAGCAGGAAAUUAA